CUAAGAAGAAGCCAAGCAGGCAGGCAGCCAGGCCAGCAAGGUGGGAGGGACUGUGGGAGAGAAGAGCCCUCAGCACCAUGGGCUCUGCAGGCCACCUCCUGAUGCUGCUGCUGCUGCUCAUCCUGAGUCAGGACCACAACAAGCUGCUGGCUUUACUCCGCAUGAAAUAUGGCUGGAGGUGCCCCCGAAUCAGAGUGAAGUGUCUUUUCAGAGAGAAUAAUGAUUGCUUCAGUGACAGAGAUUGCAAGGCUCAAGAGAAAUGCUGCCUGUUCAGCUGUGGAAUGAAAUGUGUAGACCCCACUGAAGACCCAUGUGACAGUAUCAUCAAGACUAAACAUUGUCAGCACACUUUGACCAGAUGGUACUACAGCAUUAAAGAAAAUGAAUGCUACCCCUUUGAGUAUAACCUAUGUGCUGAUAACAAAAACAGCUUCCAGUCUCAUGAUGUUUGCAAGAGGACCUGCUUGGCAUUUGGACAUGGAGUGCCAAUACAUCUUUUUGAGCUGGAAGGUGAACCAUUUACUGUGCUAGUCUAGGCAAAUACGUCCCUCAGAAGAGCUUCAGUCUUGGUCCUGCUUCCUUCCAAGCCGCUGACUAGUGCCCCUGAAUCUGUGCCUGAGAAGGCUGGCUUUUUCUGGGCUUCAGGGGCCCUCCUACUCCAUACCUCUGAUCUGAAUAAAACCAGUUCAGCUGCCUUA